CCCAGCCUGCUCUCCGGGUAAACAGCGAUGGCCGCCGAGGACCGAGGCGGAGAGCCCCGAGAUAACAUGGGGAACCACCUCCAGCUGGUGCCCGUAGAGAGCGAGGAAGAGGAUGACAAUGAAAUGGAAGUGGAAGACCAAGAUAGUAAAGAAGCUGAGAAGCCAAACAUCAUUAAUUUUGAUACCAGUUUGCCCACAUCACAUAUGUACCUGGGCUCGGACAUGGAGGAGUUCCACGGCAGGACGGUGCACGAUGACGACAGCUGCCAGGUGAUCCCCGUGCUGCCCCGGGUGAUGGUGAUGCUGAUCCCCGGCCAGACGCUGCCGCUGCAGCUCUUCCGCCCCCAAGAGGUUAGCAUGGUGCGGAAUUUAAUUCAGAAAGACAGAACCUUUGCUGUCCUUGCAUACAGUAAUGCACAUGAGAGGGAAGCACAUUUUGGAACGACAGCAGAAAUCUAUGCCUACAGAGAAGAGCAGGAAUAUGGAGUUGAAACUGUCAAGGUGAAAGCAAUAGGAAGACAGAGGUUCAAGGUGCUUGAAAUACGAACACAGUCAGAUGGAAUCCAGCAGGCUAAAGUACAAAUCCUGCCUGAGCGAGUGCUGCCUCCCACCAUGUCAGCAGUGCAGCUGCAGUCUCUCAGCAGGUGCCACGUGCUCCCGUCUUCCAAACCCACUUCCUGGCAGGACAGGGCCAUCAGGCAGUGGUGGCAGAAGUACCAGAAGAGGAAGUUCCACUGUGCAAGUUUGACAUCUUGGCCCCCCUGGCUCUACUCUCUCUAUGAUGCUGAAACCUUGAUGGAGAGAGUCAAGAGGCAGCUCCACGAGUGGGAUGAAAACCUCAAAGAUGAAUCUCUUCCAUCAAACCCAGUAGAUUUUUCUUACAGAGUUGCUGCCUGCCUGCCCAUUGAUGAUGCUUUACGUAUCCAGUUGCUCAAAAUAGGCAGUGCUGUGCAGAGGCUGCGCUGUGAGCUGGAUAUCAUGAACAAAUGCACAUCUCUGUGUUGUAAGCAAUGCCAAGACACAGAAAUAACUACCAAGAAUGAAAUAUUCAGCUUAUCCCUGUGUGGGCCCAUGGCAGCCUAUGUGAAUCCCCAUGGAUACAUCCAUGAAACCCUCACUGUUUAUAAAGCCUCCAACCUGAGCCUCAGUGGACACCCCUCCACAGAGCACAGCUGGUUCCCUGGGUACGCCUGGACCAUCGCCCAGUGCCGGAUCUGCGGGAGCCACAUGGGCUGGAAGUUCACGGCCACCAGGAAGGAGCUGUGUCCCCCCAGGUUCUGGGGGCUGACGCGCUCAGCGCUGCUGCCCCGCAUGCCCGAGGACGCCGAGGAGUCGGAGCGCGGCCGCUCGCCGCUGCUGUGCCUGUGACACCCCCGGGCCCUGCUCAGGGCUGCUCCUGCCUCCUCAGCCCAGGAACCCAUCCCCAGGAGCCAGGCUCAGCCAGCUCCCCGUGCUGCUCCUGCACAGGGGACAGGAGACACCAGGAGGGAAGGUCCACGUGGGACACUGGGAUACCUCUGAGCCAUGUGGACACACUUUGGGACUGGACUUGUGGAAUUCCCACCUGCAGUGAAGGAAGGAAGGGGGGGAUGGAAACUAAAACCAAACUAAAAUCCCAAUGAGCAGAGUCUGAUUGCUGCAAUGUUCCCGGGAUGGUAGAUGGCAGUUACCUGCUGUGGAGUGUUGGCCAUAACACACUUACACGUGGUUUGCUGAGAAUCCCUGUUUCUAACUCUCUGAAGUCCUUCAGGUUUGCUGCUUGUGCUGUGUCUCAGCUUUUUGCUGAAUAACCGUGGAAGAGAGAAGCAGCCCCGAGCGCUGGAAUGUGCAGAAGCUGGAAUUGCAGCUGCCUCCCAGGAUGGACCCCAUGGGGAAGUGUCUGUUCCUUACAAGUUGUCUCAUCUGUUUAGUCCAUUUGACUUUAGAAGUCUUAAAUUUUAAACUGUCGAUAAGAAGUGCACAGGUCAGUCCAAGAGGGUAAACAGCAUUGUCAUGUUCUGUUCAGUGUGCUUCAAUCACUUCCCCAAAUUAUUCCUGGUUAAUUUACCAGGGGAGGUGGCCAGGGGUUGGGAAGGACUCUAAAACACCCCACUGAGGUGAUUUUUAAGUAGUACUUGUUGUGACAAAGGGAAGGAAAAAUCUCUUUUAAUUAUUUCGUUGUAACUUUAAGAUCAUAAAGUAAAAUUUCACGUUAUCAACUUAUAAAGAGCAAAAGUUCCCAAAUAAAAUAGGAAUACAGGCAGUGCUUUUUUCUGGGGAGGUUUCUUGGUUUUUGGUUUGGUUUUUGUUUUGUCUGUACUCAACAAAUUGGGUGCCAAUCUGGGGCAGCUUUUGCCACUGAUUUAUAUAUUUUUUUCCUCUCAGAAUGCACUUUGGUGAUGGCAAUGGAGAUUUUUUUAGUGCUUGUGCACAUAAACACUUGUUUUUCUUGUGAAGCUUUUAUCAUUCACUCUUCAUUUCCUCACAGUGAUGUUAAACUAGUCAAGUCUAAGACAUGAGCCACUGGUUGCUUGUUCUCUGUCAGGCUCCAGGCAGGUGUAGCAAGGCCAGAUCACUUCAGCUGAGGGCCAAGGCCAAGCCUGGCACACCAGGAGCUGAUUCCCUUGGCAGUGUGGUACCUCCAGCUGGAAAAACACCCCAAACCAUGGACUUGCUGCUGGGUAUUUGUCAUGCCAGGUAUGUAGAGAUUAAUUGUGUAACUCAGGUUUAGUUCUUUGAAACUUUCUACCUCUGUGCUGCUUCUGUUCUUCUUAGACACCUUUAAUUCUGUGCUCAGUUCCAUGUGCAGUGCCCUGACUUGGCAGUGAACUGUGGAAAGCAGAAUUUGGGAUGUGGCUCUGAGCAAACAGAGGGUGAUGAUGGCUCAUUUUCAUCCAGAAAACAUUCUGGAUGUUGAUAAUGAUUCGUGAGAAGCUUGGAAAGCCAGGCAUUGGUGUGAGAGGGAGGCUGGGUGCUCUGUGUUUGUGAAUCCACUGGAACCAGGCCUGGCUUUCCCUCACCCAACACAACACAUCUGGGCUGUAUAUUUGGAUUAUUGUUUUCCCCCUCAGAGUCCCUCCUAUCAGUUGCUCCUGUGGCCCUCAGUGGGACUGGGUGGUGACAAGAAAUUGGAGAGUGCUGCCAGCACCUUCUGCUGCCUUGGUGUGAGCAGUCACUGGGGGCUGGGAAGGGGAAUUUUAAAAGGAUUUUCUCAGCUGUCACUGAACUUCUGAAGGUUCAGUUCUUUGGGGUUUUGGCCAAGUCUUUUAGAGUCUCAAUUGAAAAUGGCAAUGUUUGAAUCCAGGAUAAGCAUUUUAUGGUGUUUUGUGUAUGUAGUCAAAUGUAAACUAACAUAAUUGAGGUAAGUCAGGAGUAAAUUAAUGCUAAUUAAAUUUCAUUGUUGAUGAUGCUGUUCCAUGUGCUAAACCUGUGCAGUGCUUGCUAUAUUGAGUCCAUGACACUUCCCAGGUUGAGUCUUGUGGUGGCGAAUCCAGUCCUUGCUGGGAGCUGUCAGAGCAUCCAGCACUCCAGGGUGUGAGCUGGGGAUGGUUCCUUACACUGCUUCAUAUUUUCCAUCCUUUUCUCUGUUUUGAAGAGAAAACUGUUGGUGGGAAUUAGGGGAAGAUUUGGAACAUCAUUAUGGAAAAAUACAGACAGCAACUGCUCAGAGAGCCAAUCAAAGGAAACCAGGUUUGGUGAAUAUUUGCUACAUUUACCCCAUUGAUUGGCUGAGCAGCUUCCUGCAGGAAUUAAUUAAUUAAUCCAAUGGGCACGACUGAGGGAUCACAGGAUUUACAGCACAGACUCAUUUUGAAGCCAUCACUGCAGCAUCACCGACACCCCCAAUCAGAGCCUGUAACUUUGCAACUUUUCAUUUAUUUUAGGUUUUGACAAAUAGGUAGAACCACUUGUACACUGGGUCUGAAAUAUUUCAGAUGCUCAUUUGUUUUUUAUUAAUGCUCUUUUUGGAUGUGCUGCAGUUCAUUUGUUCCUCUCUUUGUCACCUUUAAUUGCUCUGUGAACUGCUCCAGGGGUAGCCCAGUCUCUGCUUUAACUCUUCCUUCUCUCUGCCUUUUGGGACAACUUUUCUGACAAAUCUUGUGGCUUGCAAAUAUUUGCAAAGAA